AACAGGUGACAGGCAGGUCCAUUGCUGCAUCAUCAUGUCCACCCUUUCAAUCUCUCUCUCACUCUCUCUCCUCUUUGAUAGUUGAAACAGGACAGAGAAGGCUGUCACCUGUGUAACUCAAAGCUUCAACCCCAACCAUUAACCAAAUACUAGUACUUGCUUUCUUACAAGCAGCACAGAGGAAAACACACACACUUACUCACACAUACCCAAAAAAUAAGAGUACUACUACAUCUGCAUUAUGUAAAGAUUGCAUUUUUACUCCAACAAGGACAACCCAUUUGUCAAAUAUGGAUUAUGAAAGGAUUCAAAAGCCUCAGGGUAAUGGGGGAUUUUCACCUGGAAAGUUGAGGAGCAUGCUACUGGGUGUGGAGAAGAAGAGGAAAGAAGAGGAGGAGGUUGAUUCCACUUUCACCCCUGGAUCUCAAAAUCCAGACAUGGAUGAAUCUGGUGGUAGCAGUUCUGAUCAUUGUAAAGAUGUAGAUGUUGUGAGUGUCCUUCCUGAUUAUUCAACUUCUACAGCUCGCACUUGGAGCAUAGAGACAGCCGGUGGUGAUCGCAUUGGGAAGGUUAAUGCAGGAAUAACUUCUAAGAAUAGAAUCCUUGAAGACCCUUCUUUAGAUUAUGAUAGUGGGCAGGACAAUAUGAGCAUGUCCUCAUCGGUGUUUGAAUUUCAAAAGGCUGAGCGUGCUCCCCCAAGAGUGCCCGCGGGGCCAUUCUCAAAGCCAGCGCCAUCUAAAUGGGAUGAUGCCCAGAAAUGGAUAGCGAGUCCAACAUCAAACAGGCCAAAGACAGCACAGAGCCAGGGGCAAGGCGGGCAUGGGGGACCGCGUAAAGUUGGUAGUCUUGGUUAUGGAAGCCGGCAGUCUUCCAUGAAGGUUGUUGUUGAAGUUCCAGAUCAAAGAGAAAUUGCUUUAGAUGAGCCGGAUACAAAGCAAAUGGAUACAGAUCAAACUAAGAUGGACAGUGAAGGACAUAAGUUUGCGAGUUAUGAGGUUGACCCCUAUGCAGUUGCAAAUUCUUAUGUCAGUCUCAGCCAGCACAAUUCAUCCGUUGCCAUCCAGAGUGCAACGACAUUUGUUCCUCCCCCAUCAACUGCUCGGUCUGUAUCAAUGAGAGAUAUGGGCACAGAAAUGACACCUAUUGCCAGCCAGGAGCCAUCAAGAACAGGUACACCGGUGCGGUCAACCACGCCAAUGCGCAGCCCUAAUUCUUCUCAGCCUUCUACUCCCACAAGAACUUCCCCUAUGUCAACUUUAACUGAUCCACAUAUCGACAACCUGAAUCUCAACAAGAGUGAAUUGUCCGAAAAGGAGCUACAAAUGAAAACCAGGCGAGAAAUCAUGGUCCUCGGGACACAACUAGGUAAAAUGAAUAUUGCUGCCUGGGCUAGUAAAGAAGAAGAGGAUAAGGAUGCAUCCACUUCACUGAAAGCAAAAACAGCUGAUCAACCAGCUAAGAGUGUCAUUGAAGCACGUGCAGCAGCAUGGGAGGAGGCUGAGAAAGCCAAGUAUAUGGCCAGAUUUAGGCGUGAGGAGAUGAAAAUUCAGGCAUGGGAAAAUCAUCAGAAAGCAAAAACAGAAGCCAAGAUGAGAAAAAUUGAGGUAGAGGUUGAAAGAAUACGGAGCAAGUCACAUGAUAAGCUGAUGAAUAAAUUAGCUUCUGCAAGGCACAAGGCUGAGGAAAAGCGAGCAGCAGCAGAAGCCAAUAGAAAUCAUCAAGCUGCAAAAACUGAAGAGCAAGCAGAAUACAUACGAAGAACUGGUCAUGUUCCUUCCUCAUAUUUAACAUUCUCUUGGUGCAGUUGGUGCUCUUAAGGAAAUGUGGUUCUUGUCAACGUUUCAUUUUUCUAUAGCUAUGCAUGUUGAAUGAAUAUGCAUGUUGUAUUUUCCCUCGGGGUGUAAAAGGAUACGUUGUUCUGCAGAAUAAUAAUUUAGUUGGAACACUUAUGUGUAUGUUUGGAUAUCGUUGGAUGCAAAUGAAUGCCCUUCAAUUGAAGUGGAAGUC